AUGCUCGAUGCUCUGUUUCUUCCGUUCCUUGCCGGUUUCCUCAUAUCACAAUCUGUGGCUCAGAAUGCAACUGUCAACCUGGCGUCCUCGCAAAUACUAACUGAUCCGUUCCCCUAUUAUUAUCCGAAUGAAGAUGCCUCUCCAAUAGCACGAUUUCCUAUGCCACCAUGUCAAGGCGUCACGUUGGAAGAAGCCACCAUCGACCAGCUCCAAGACUACAUGGAUCAGGGCCAGCUUACCGCAGUCGCCAUCCUCAUGUGCUAUUUCGCUCGCUACACCCAGGUGAAUGGAUACGUGAAUGGAAUUCUUCAAUGGAACCCCGACGCACUUGCCAUAGCGCAGGCUUUGGAUGCCGAACGGGCAGCGGGUCGAGUCAGAGGCCCGUUACAUGGCAUUCCAUUUCUGGUGAAAGAUAACAUCGCCACCAAAGAUCACAUGGACACCACCGCUGGAUCGUGGAUGUUGAUUGGGAGCAUUGUCCCUCGAGAUGCCCAUGUGGUGAUGAAAUUGCGAAAUGCUGGUGCUUUGCUGAUGGGUCAUGCAACGUUGUCUGAAUGGGCUGACAUGAGGUCCAACAAUUAUUCCGAAGGCUACAGCCCACGAGGCGGCCAGGCUCGAAGCCCCUACAAUCUAACCGUCAAUCCGGGCGGAAGCAGCUCAGGCUCCGCGGUGGCCGUCGCAGCCAACCAAGUAAUGUUUUCUCUAGGCACCGAAACCGACGGUUCGGUCAUCAAUCCGGCGGAACGGGCCUCCAUCUGCGGCAUCAAGCCUACCGUUGGCCUGACAUCUCGCGCCGGCGUAAUUCCCGAGAGCAUUCAUCAAGAUACUGUGGGAACUUUCGCGCGCACUGUGCGGGAUGCCACGUAUGCCCUCGACGCCAUUUAUGGAGUCGACGAGCGCGAUAACUACACCCUAGCUCAAAUCGGAAAGACCCCGAAGGGAGGUUACGCACGGUUCCUGACUGAUAAAUCGGCACUGAAAGGCGCCACGUUUGGUUUACCCUGGGCGAGUUUCUGGGCCUGGAAUGAUGCAGGCCAGAAUGCGAAUUUGCUUGAACUGUUGGCUUUAAUCGAAAGUGCAGGCGCGACCAUCAUUAAUGGGACAGAACUGCCAAACUAUGAGACGAUCGUAAGCCCGGAUGGCUGGGACUGGGACUACGGCGGUACACGGGGCUAUCCAAACGAGAGUGAAUACACCGUCGUCAAAGUCGAUUUUUACAACAACAUUAAAUCCUACUUGUCCGAGCUCCGCAACACCGACAUCCGCGGGCUGGAAGAUAUUGUCCAAUAUAACGUCGACAACCUCGGCGCCGAGGGCGGUCUACCCGGUAUCCACCCGGCUUUUGGGUCCGGUCAAGACGGCUUCCUCGCCUCCCUCGAGUCCAAAGGCAUUAUGGACGAAACGUACUUCCAGGCCCUGGAAUUCUGCCAACGCAGCACACGCGAAGAAGGCAUCGACGCCGCCCUCCAUCCUGUCGUCAACGGUACGCGAAUCAAGCUCGAUGCCUUGCUGAGCCCGCCUGAUGUCGGCCAAACCUAUCAAAUCGCGGCACAGGCGGGGUAUCCCAUGGUCACUGUCCCAGCAGGCGUCGGCGGACCGAGUAAUAUGCCCUUCGGCCUCGCACUGAUGGGAACCGCGUGGAGUGAGGCCGAGCUUAUACGCUGGGCCAGUGCGAUAGAGGAUUUGCAACUUAGUUCUCCGACGCCGUGGAAAAGGCAAUUACCGACGUGGGGCGAUUAUCUGGCCAGGAAUUUACCUGUUCUAUGGGCGUGA